UUUGGUUCCAUGACGCAAAUAAGGAAGAUACCAACAUGGCGGACCACAUUGUUAACAAGGAUUAACAUGAAAACAAAGCAUGAAGGGACAGAACACAUGGCGAAUUUUCAAAAUGUGAGAUGUUCAUUGUGUAGUGUAUUGUUAGACAUCUUUAACUGCUAGUCAUGGGCACGAAACAAAGUACGCCAUCCCAGAGACCACGGACUUUUUCAGGAAGUGGUCCUGUGCCCGGGGGUUCGGGGGCAGAAGUUGCCAUGGGUUCUAGUGGGGCUACUAACACUCGUUUACGAGCUCGUAGUUUAGGACAUUUUAGUGCAUCAACCCCCACUGGGUUAGUGAUACCAGGUGGAGCCACUGCCAAUGGCGAGAGGCGAGGAGCAGGAUCUCCAGACUCAGAUUCGAGUACCCCAGAAGAGGGCCCCUCAUUUGGCAGACAGUUUGCGCAAUCUUUACCUUUACACCUUUUUGCACUCCAAGGCAUUAAAUGUCCAGUCUGUGCCAAGUUUAUACCUCCUGAAGAAAUUGAGUGUCACUUAGUGAUAUGCUUGACCAAACCUAGAAUCAGUUAUAACGAGGAUGUAUUAGUAGAAGACAAAGGAGAAUGUGUGAUAUGUUUUGAGGAGCUGGAGAAAGGGGACACCAUUGCUCGAUUGCCCUGUUUGUGUGUUUACCAUAAAGGAUGUAUUGACAAGUGGUUCGAGAAAAACCGUUCUUGUCCAGAACACCCUUCAGACUGAUCAGAGGAGAUCUAACUACCGGUAUUACAACUUAAUACAAAGCACAGGUCAACAGAUAUCACUUCUGGGGACAGAGUGACCAUGUCUAGCAAAACAUACUGAUAAAUAUGGGCUUUCAUUGCAAACUUCAUUGACUCUUGUCACUUGUCAUGUAUUCUUCAUGCUGUAUGUUGAUCGUAGGUGCUAGGUCAUUGAAAAUGUGACCUAGUUAUUUUUGAAAAAUUGCGACAAAGGAAACCCCCCAUUUCCUGUUGAGCAUGUGUAUUUAAUCUUUUAGUGAAAACAGUUAGUGCUGGUGCAUGUGUAUUAUUCGCGACACAAGUCAUAGUUUCGCAACUCGCAUCCCUUCAGAAUUCAGGUCGGGAUCUAGAUUCAGGAUGUGUCGGCUGCAACUGCAUAUCACAGAUGAAUUUCAGCAUUUCCCAUAAUUUAAGAUAUUCACAACUCAUGUCAUAUUUCAGCUUUUGUUUUUGUGAACAUAAAUCUAUAUUAGAUUGGUAAAUGUAUAUAUAUAGUCUAUAUUUCACUUAUUGAAAACAAAAUGAAGAUGGAACCACAUGUAUCACUAUGAGAUUACAUUGUCAUCCAUGUAUGCUUAAUUUUUUCAAAGGUUCAUGGCUGAUUUAUGUAUAUGUAUAAUUGAAGUAUGGAGAUUAUUUGUUACAAAACUAAAUUUUUGGUUUCACUUGAAUUUUCAUGUCAAGUUUUACACCAUUGAAAGGUUGCUACAAUUCACAUCUUAAUGAAACGUACUGGAAAAAAAACUGUAAAAUCUUUAUAAGUGAUUGGCACAUACAUGUAUACACAUAGUGGUGAGUUUUUAUGGAUGAAGGAAAAAACUUAGCUCUAUAGAUGCAAAGAUAAGAUUACCACGUGUAGAUUAAAAAUUAGAUAUCUUAUUAAAUAGGUCUUUGAGUGUUUUAGAUAAAUAAUGCCUAAAUAUUUUGAACUACUAGUAUGAAAAUAAAAAUGUCUUGGACAGUGUAAUGGAAAAUGUACCAUGUUAUAUAUAUGCCUAUAGAUCUCAGUUCACCUGUAAGUCGAUUGUAUUUUUUCUCUGGUUACUGACCUAAAAAUUAAAAAGAUGAUAAAAAUUUGUAACCAGUUAUCCUCUAUACAUAUGGAUAACCUUUACCCUUUUUUAUAUUAAGGAAACUUAUGAAGAAAAAAAGUUUGGAUCUUCCUAUCUGUGUAAUUGAUUGUUGGUGUUUGUACAAAAUUCUUGAAUUUUAAUUCUUCUUCAGAAAAAUACUGACAUACUUAGAAUCGAUUUUAAGUCCGAUAUCAAGUUUUUGUCCAAAAUUUAAAACGUCCAAAAAUCCUUAGUUAUAGGCCAGUAUAUAAUGAUAUGGUUGUCAAUAAACCGUAACAAAACUGCUUUUUAUUUUAGAAUCAGCAGGGGAAUAUUUCCUCUUGCUCAUGCAAUGCAAAUGUUUGCACAUAGGUAUAUAUAUUUUUAAAUCUAAUUUUACCAAUAUAUUUACCGGGUAGGUUCUGUUUGAUGUCAUAUGAUUCGAAUAUGUCACAUACUAUUCGUUUGAAUAUACAGACCUUAUGUAGAAUAUUUCUGAAUUCUCAUCUGUGAUGGGUUAAGUAACUAUAAAUUCGAGGUACUGAACUCUUGUAACAAUGAAAGGACCAAAAACUUACAUAAUUAACUAGAAAUGGUAAAUUGCUUUAAAUAGAAAUUUUGACAAUUUUUAACAAGUAAGGAAAGUGAUCCUUAGUUCACAACCCAUUGCUUUUUCAUCAGUACAUGAAGAAAUUGGAAAACGAACCUCAAGUUCAACAACAAUCAAAAUUUAUUAUGCAUCUCCAUCUGACUUAGAUUAAAUGUAUUGUGCCAUUUGAACAUGAUAUUUCUUAGAUCUCUUUCAUGAAUACUUACACCACUAUGCUGCUAUGAAGGGAUGGGGAAUUUUUUUGAUAGAAGAAAAGAUUGCAUUAAAAGUUAAGAGUGUAUUAACAAGAUUGAAUUAUUGAUUUGUCAGUUUAAUGAAUUUUUCCAUCAAAUGCAUACAAUCUUUUGAAAUGUUGAGAGAGAAUUAUGAUUGGGGGGGGGGGGGGGGGAAAGUUCCAAUAUGUGCAAUUUGUACUUUUCGGGCUGAUAUAAUUUGAUACCAAGGAAAUCUUAGAAUUUAGAAAAAAUGUAUCAGUUUCCAAUGGUAUUUUUGAUUUAAAACCUUGCAUAAGUUGUAUUUUGUUUUUUCAUCUUGGAAGAGUUAUACUGGUGAAAAUUCAUAAUAGAAAGUGAACUGGUUUUUUAAACUGUAAUUUUCAUGAUUUGAAGACCAUUCUCAUGUAUAAUUUUUUUAUCUGGUCAAAAUUUUAGUCAGUUGAUCUCAUAAAGAAGUACAUAUAUAUUAAAACAAUCUUCAGCAUUGUUUUAGUGUCAUUAAAGUAAAAUAUUCACAAAGAAUUGCGGUUUUUUUUUCCUAAAAUUGUCAUGGAUUGAUAUUAUGAUCACAAAAUUAACUGGUUUAUAGGCAGUGCCUUUUCACCACCUUCAUUAACACACAGAUUUGUCAUACCGAUUGUUGAUUUUUUUCUAAGAACUGGAACAGAAGUGUCAACUUCCUGUGAUUAUUAUGUAAUGGGUUGAGUUAUGUGUUGCCAGUGUGUUAUAAUGCAACAAAUAUGCAUACACUGUAUUUAUUUUUGGGAAUUGUGUUGCCUUGUGUCAGUCAGAAUGGUCAUGAAACUCUGAUAUAUGAUAUGAAUUUUAUUGUUGUGCUUUAUUUAUUUUUUUUAUUAAAAAAGAUUGUUUUCAUAUGAAAAAUCAAUAUUAUUCAUAUUGUAGUUUUUUAACCCCUAUGAUUUUUUUUUGCUUUCGGUAGAAGAUCUUAUUCAUUUAGAAAUACAGGGAACAGUUUUCUGAUGUACAUGUAUAUUAAAACAGUAACACUUGUGAACUUUUUCAUCAGUGGACGAAAAGCUCUGAUUGACAAGGCUGGGUGUCUUGGAUAAUGAAAGGGAUUUCUCAUUAUUGGUAUUUUCAGUAAUGGAGACUGUUUAUAUAGAUCACAGUAUCUCUUUACAAGUCUUUCACUUUUUUUCCCGAUAAUUUUUGAGGAUCGCUCCUUGACCACUUCAUUAGCUAUAAAAAAAAAAUCAAAUAAAACAUACUAACCACACAUGUUUUGAUUGCUAUUCAAUAAUCUGUUUGAAAAGUUGUAUUGUCAUUUCUGAAAAGAUCAGUCAUCACUCAAAUAAGUAUAUUUUUUGUUUUUUGUUAUGUUUUUGCAAUAUAUGCAGAUCAUUUUGUAAAUUUUUCAUGUUUGUGUUUUAUUUGUAAAUAAAUUAUCAUUUUAUA